UCAUUUUUAAAGACAACUAAGAACAGAAAAAACUGCUAGAAUUUUUUAAAAAAUUGAAAAACAGAUCGCCAAGGAAAUUAAAGUUUAUCACGUAAGAGGCGAAGAAAAUGACGAGCAUUGUGAUGACUACAUUGCCUCAGUUUAAUGGUCUUCGUGCCAGCAAGAUCUCUGCAGCUCCUGUUCAAGGCCUGGCAACUAUUCAGCCCAUGAGACGCAAGGCAAAUGGAGCUUUGGGUGCAAAGUGUGGUGACUUUAUUGGUUCAUCAACAAAUUUGAUAAUGGUAACGUCGACAACCCUGAUGUUGUUCGCGGGAAGAUUCGGACUUGCACCAUCAGCGAAUAGAAAAGCAACCGCCGGACUUAAGUUGGAGGCACGUGACUCGGGUCUACAAACGGGAGACCCAGCCGGGUUCACGCUCGCUGACACGUUGGCUUGUGGCACCGUUGGUCAUAUCAUCGGAGUAGGAGUUGUCCUUGGUCUCAAAAACAUUGGUGCUAUUUAAAACUUCUUUUAUUGUGUAUUUGUAACCAUUGUAGAUUUCUUAAACAAAAUUCUCAAGAAACUGAGGGAGAGAUCUAAAUAAAUCUUUAAGUGUCUUAUAA